GAUGGGGGUCCCACCACACUUACCCCACCGUGCACUUGGGCCCCAGGGAGAGGCUCCUGGAGGUCAGAGAUGACAGCUGGUCCAGAUCAGAGACCCUUGUCCUCACACAGUGCUAACCAGGGAGAAGAGAGUGUGGAGGGAGUCAGUGUCCUUGCCAGAGAUGUGGAGAUAUGGGGAAUGCAUCCUCCAGCCUCCUGGACCUUCCUGCCCCUCAUCUUGCAUAAUCCUGACCUGAGGGAAAGGGCAGAGAGCUUGCCAUGAUCCUCAGCACGAGUUGCUGGCAAUUGCCUCACCCUUCCAGGAUUUGGCAAAGGAUAAGUCGCUCCACCCUGGGGUGAGCCAUUGGACACAGAGACCAUAAAUAGCAUCCCCCCAGAAGUCUCCUCACUCAUCCCCUCUUUCAGGGAAACUGAAAGUGGUGCCUGCCUCCUUGGCCCUGAAGUCAUGGCCUUAGGUAUCCUGUGGCUGGGCCUUGCCCUGCUGGGUGCUCUGCAGACCCAUGCCCAGGAUUCCACCCCAAACCUGAUCCCAGCCCCGCCUCUGCUCUCGGUCCCUGUGGAGCCUGACUUCCAGAAUGAGCAGUUCCAGGGGAAAUGGUACUUCUUAGGAUUGGCAGGGAACGGAUUCAAUAAAGAAAAGCACAGGAGGAUGAAGAUGUACAUUGCCAACUACGAGCUGAACGAAGACAACAGCUACAAUGUCACCUCUACUGUGGCCUGGAACCAGACCUGUCAUCCCUCGACCAAAAUUUUCCUCCCAAAUUUGCGUCUAGGCCAAUUCAACCUGGGCAACAUUGAGCGUUACACUGGAAUCCAGAACUACACUUCAAAAGUGGUGACCACAGACUACAACCAGUUUGCCAUACUGUACUUCAAGAAAGUUCACGACAACCAGGAGUACAUCAAGGUCGUCCUCUAUGGGAGGACCAAGGAGGUGCCUUCUGUACCGAAGGCAAUCUUCAUCAGCUUCAUCAAAUCCCUGGGCCUCACUGACGACCACAUCAUCUUCCCUAUCCCCAAUGAUGAGUGCAUGGAUAAGUAAGCAAGUGUGCGGUGCCCUUUGGCUUUCUCUCCACCCCAUGCCCUCCCACCAGCCUGUAUCCAGGGCACCGCCCAGCUGUCCCCACCAGCCUGGACACCAUUGAGAGAGCCAGGGGACCCUCUAACUGCACAG